AUGUCUUUCGUGAAACAAGAAGAUCCUGAUUUCUACAUGGAUCCAAAUAAUGUUUCGUCAUCGAAUUUGGGUAAUGGCAAUAAUGCUGAAUAUAAUCAUCCGUCAACUCAAAGUACAAUAACAGCAUUUCUAGCAAAACUAUGGGCACUCGUCAAUGAUCCGUUAUGUGAUGACCUUAUUACUUGGGAUGUGUCAGGUGCUUCGUUUCAUGUUUAUGACCAAUCAAGAUUCUCUCGUGAAAUUCUACCAAGAUAUUUUAAACAUAAUAAUUUUGCAUCUUUUAUACGUCAAUUAAAUAUGUAUGGUUUCAGAAAAAUCUCCAAUAUUGAACACGGCUCGUUAAAAAAUGAGAGAGACGACAUUGAAUUUGCACAUCCACAUUUCGUUCGAGGACAAGAAUCACUUUUAGAAUUGAUUAAAAGACGUGCACCGGAUCCACACCAAAAAAGUGGUAUACAUGGAGGUGGUACACCAUCUGCGCUCGUCUCGGUUGAUUAUCUUGACUCCAAGUCAGGUCGUUCUAUAGAAUAUGGACGACUACUUGACGAUGUUCGAAAUCUGCAAUCAAAACAAACGUCGUUGAGUGAUAAAUUAUCUUGCAUGCAAAGUGAAAACCAAGCAUUAUGGGGCGAAAUCGGUUCGUUACGACAAAAACAUGCAAAACAACAACAAAUUGUUUCCAAAUUAAUGGAAUUCCUUUUACAUUUUAUCUCAUCACAGUCGGGCCACCAUCAGGAUCAAUCGGUUGCACAACAACAACUACCCAAAGAAGGUCUUAUUGCCAAUUCUGGUCAUCCAGACGGAACACAAAGUCAACAUCAUGCGAAUAAUGCUCCAUUAGAUUUCAAUGAACAAGGUUUGUCACCAGCUUCUCUCAAACGAAAACACGUUGCACUUAUGCACAAUGACGAGCCGCACAAACGAAUGCAUACCGAACAGCAACAACACCCAAAUGCUGGACAUUCGACUAAUCUUGGUCGUCAACAAAGUGUAACAAUCAAUGAAUUGACAGAUAGCGAUGCAAGUGGUUGGCAUCCUACAACGAAUUCUUCACCAGUAAUUGAUCUGGUUCCAUCACCACCGCCAUCAAUAAACGAUGCAGAUGAUAAUUAUCAAUGGUCGUCAGGAGCAAAUGAUUCAAAACAGAAUGUACAACAAAAUGCAACAUUUCAACCCGUUGGCAAUGAAAACGAUGCCGGAAAUAUGUUCACACCAGAUUUCUAUUUGAGAGCAGAUAAUAAAUCUAAUGUACAUCCAACUAAUCAACAAGCCGAUGGAGCCAAGUCAGCAGGCACCAAAGCGUCUCAAAUCAAUCCCAUAUCAUUGAAAGAAGAACUAAUCGAACAACCGAAUGUAUAUCAACAAGCAGACCAACAACAGCAUAAGCCAGGUCUCCCAAUGGGACAAUUAAGUUUCUCGCUGGAUGACAUCACAGGUGAUGUUGAUCAUAUUCAAUCAUCAUUGGACAACAUUCGUGAUCUCAUGUUCGAACAUUUACCCGAUGGUAGCUCAAUUGAAGACCUGUUUGCCGGAGAAAAUGAUCUACUCCUACCUCUUCUUCACGAAACAACAACGAACGGUCAGACACCGAAUUUGCUUCUAGAAAAUACCAAAGAUCAGCGAUUAUCAACAGGUGACCAUAUAUCAAAUGAAAUCAACCAUCCAACAAAUUCACAAUCAGUUCCAAAUGUAAACAAUCAAUUGCUUGAACAAUUGAUGACUGAAAACGCGAAAAUUGAACAGCAACAAAAUACAAUCAAUCAAUUAGAACAACAGAAAACCUUGUUAGAAAAUAAGGUUCAUCUUCUCGAACAACAAACAAGAAAACACCGAUGA